AUGCUUGAUGAAUAUCGUAGUCGAGCAUCGUUUUGUACUAAACGUAUGCGAAAUAUAUUUGAAGAUGAGCAAUCACAAAAUUAUCGAGCAAAAAUUUGGUCAGUAUUAGAUUCUAAACCCAUAUUUCGUCAAUCACAAUUUCCAAUAACAAUUGAUGAAUAUAAAUAUUUAACAUAUCAACGUUCAAAAGAAUUAAUUAAAGCAAAUUUAUUAACCGAUGAUGAAAUGUUUGAUAAUCCACAAUAUAAAAUUAUUCUUGAACAAUGUUUAGCUAUGUAUGAUUCAUCAUGUCAUGCAAAAUAUACACUUUCAAUGACACUAUUUCGUGAAACAAUUCGAACAUUAGGUACACAACGACAUGAAUAUAUUUUAAAUUUAGAUCAAAAUCAUCAAAUUUGUGGUUGUUUUGCUUUAACAGAAUUAGCACAUGGAAGUAAUACAAAAGAAAUGCGAACAACAGCAACAUAUGAUCCAACAACUCAAGAAUUUGUUUUAAAUACACCUGAUAUUGAAGCAAUGAAAUUUUGGGUUGGUAAUUUAGGUUAUCAAGCAACACAUGCUGUUGUUUAUGCACAACUUUAUACAAAAAAUACUUGUUAUGGUCUUCAUCCAUUUUUUGUACUAAUUCGUGAUCCAUUAACAUAUAAAACAUAUGAUGGUGUUGAAGCUGGUGAUAUUGGAGCUAAAUGUGGAUGGAAUGGUCUUGAUAAUGGUUUUUUAAUUUUUCGUAAUUAUCGAAUUCCCAGAGAAAAUUUACUUAAUAAACAUGGUGAUGUUUUACCUGAUGGAACUUAUAAAACUCCAUUCAAGACAUCAAAUAAACGAUUUGGUGCAAGUCUUGGUGCACUUUCAUCAAGUCGUGUUGGUAUUAGUAGUUUAACAAUUGGUUUAUUAAUUAAUUGUUGUACAAUUGCUAUACGUUAUUCAUGUGUUCGAAAACAAUUUGGACCAUCACCUGGUAUAGAAAUACCUGUUAUUGAAUAUCAAACUCAAAAUUGGCGUUUAAUUCCAAUACUUGCAUCACUUUAUAUUUAUCGACAUUUAGCAUUAUCAGUCUUUGAUAAUUUAGUUGAAUUUUAUGCAAUAUCAAUGUCAAAUAAUGAAGAUGAUCAAGAUCUACUUGCAUAUAUGGGUAGAGAACUUCAUGCUUUAUCAUGUUCAUGUAAAUCAAUAUGUACUUGGAAUACACAAAAAGCAUGUCAAGAAUGUCGAGAAGCAUGUGGUGGUCAUGGUUAUUUAUAUGCAACUGGUUUCGGUAAUAUUCGAAAUGAUAAUGAUCCAUCAUGUACAUUUGAAGGUGAUAAUAAUGUUAUAUUACAACAAACAUCAAAUUAUAUUUUAUCAAAUUAUGAAGAUAUAUAUAAAAAUAAUACAUCAAUUAAUAGUCCAUUUAAAAGUAUUCUUUUUAUUGAAACAAUGAAAAAUACUCUUCGUGAUAAUCAUUGUUCUAUUACGUCUGAAUGUCAUAUAAAAGACUUGCUCAAUGCUGUUGAUUGGCUAUUAUGUUAUAUUCUUGAGAAAUCAGCUAGAAAAAUUGAUCAAUUAACAAUACGAAAAGAUCUAUCAGCAUUUGAUUUAAAAAAUACAGCACAAGUUUAUCAUCUUCGAACAUUAUCAAUUGUUUAUAUUCAACGUACAGCUAUUUUUCGAUUUUUACAAUAUAUUGAAAAUAAUGAAGAAAUGGAUGAUAAAUGUAAAAAUGUUCUUGAUAAAUUAUUAAUUGUUUAUACAUUAAAAUUUCUUGAAGAAAAUAUAAAUUUAUUAUUUGAAGGAAAUUAUUUUAAUAAUAGUUCAAUUAAUAUAUGGAUACAAAAUCGUUUAAUUGAUUUAUGUCAUGAUUUACGAAAUGAAGCUGCUGCUUUAGUUGAUGUUUUUGCACCACCUGAUCAUAUACUUAAUUCAGUUUUAGGUGUUAGUGAUGGAAAGGUUUAUGAAGCGAUUAACAAACAGAUACAUAGUAAUAAACAUACAUUCUUAACGCCAGCAUGGAUAAAACAAGAUUUAAUUGAACGUAGUAAACUUUAA